AUGACCGCGACGCGGCCGAACUUCUACGCCAACGUUUCCCGCACCUUCGAUCUUGCCGCCGCCUUCGGCGUCUAUCCCCCCGGUCUGCUGGACCAGAUCAAGCGCUGCAACUCGGUCUAUCUCAUGGAGUUCCCGCUGCGCCGCGCCAACGGGAGCAUCGACGUCAUCCGGGCCUGGCGCGCCGAGCACAGUCAUCACCGGCUGCCGCUCAAGGGCGGCAUCCGCUACAGCCCGCAGGUCAACCAGGACGAGGUCACGGCCCUGGCCACGCUCAUGACCUUCAAGUGCGCGAUCGUGGAUGUCCCGUUCGGGGGCGCGAAGGGCGCGGUGCAGAUCGACACGAGCACCUGCACGGAUGACGAGAUCGAACGGCUGACCCGGCGCUACACGCACGAGCUCGUGAAGAAGAAUUUCAUUGGCCCCGCCCUCGACGUGCCGGCGCCGGAUUUCGGGACCGGGAGCCGCGAAAUGGCCUGGAUCGCCGACACCUACGUGCAGCUUCGUCCGAACCAGAUCGACGCCCUCGGCUGCGUGACGGGCAAACCGGUGGACGAGGGCGGCAUUCAUGGACGGACCGAGGCGACCGGCCGCGGGGUCUUCUUCGCACUGCGGGAAGUCUGUGCACACACCGCAGACAUGCAGCGACUCGGACUCACCCCCGGUAUCGAAGGCAAGCGUGUUGUGGUGCAGGGGUUCGGCAAGGUCGGGUACUGGGUGGCGCGGUUCUGCGAUGAGGCGGGCGCACGCAUCGUGGGCCUCGCCGAGCGCGACGGCGCCAUCGCCGCCCCCGGGGGGCUCGACCUGGAACAGGUCAAGCAGCACCGCGACGCCACCGGCUCGCUGCUGCACUUCGCGGGCGCCGACACGCUGUCCCGUUCAGCCGAUGUGCUGGAACUCGACUGCGACGUCCUGAUUCCGGCCGCCCUGGAAGGUCAGAUCACCGCCAGCAACGCAGAUCGGAUCCGUGCCCGCAUCGUGGUGGAGGGCGCCAAUGGCCCGACCACCCCGGAGGCGGACGAGAUUCUUCACGCCAAGGGCAUCCUCGUCGUCCCCGACAUCUACGCCAACGCGGGCGGCGUGAUCGUGUCGUACUUCGAGUGGCUCAAGAACCUCUCCCACGUCGGCUUCGGCCGGCUCGAGAAGCGUUAUCAGGAAAGCGCAUACGGCCGCCUGCUCUCGACGAUCGAGUCUGCGACCGGCACGACGAUCAGCGCCGACGAGCGUCGAGCCGUCAUUCGCGGCGCAGACGAGUUGACCGUCGUGAACUCCGGACUUGAAGAGAUCAUGGCGGUCGCCUACGCCGAGAUUCGCGACACUCUGCUGCGCAGACCUGAGAUACGCUCGAUGCGCAUGGCCGCCAUGGUGAACGCCAUCAACAAGGUGGCGCGAUCGUAUCUGUCAAUGGGCGUCUUUCCCUGA